UGCCGCCUUGGUAGGGUUUUUCUACCGCAUCCCCACUUCUUUUUCCCUCCCGUUUUGCACACAUCUCUCUCUCACUUCUUCUGUAACGUCUGAUUGAAUCGAUUCAUGGUCACAAUACACACUUUAUAGGGAUUUUCAUACUCAUUCGUAGUCAAUUCUUCAUCGGAAAGUUCGAGUUUUUUCGUUUUUGUUUCGAAAAAAAUGUCGUCAACCAACCCUUUCGAUCUUUUGGGCGAUGAUGAUAACGAUGACCCCAUUCAGCUUUUAGCUAAGCUUCCGGUGGCUGUUCCAACCACCAAGAAAUCUCCGGUUGGUGGUGUGGCUGCUAAGCCAGCAGCCAAGCUUCCUUCCAAGCCGCUUCCUCCUGCUCAGGCUGUGCGAGAGGCGAGGACCGAUGGUCAACGUAUAGGAAACCGUUUUGGUGGCCGUGGAACAGGCAGAGGCGGACGUGGUGGUUUCAAUCGUGAAUCAGCCGACGAUGAGAAUUCCUUUGGCAACAACAAUGGAUUUUCCGGUGGUUACAGAGCUUCGGAGAAUGGAGACGCCGAUAAGGCCACCGAAAGACGUGCACCCCGUUAUGGAAACCGCGGCGGACGACGCGGCGGCUACACUAACGGAGACGCCACAGAAGGCGAACGCCCGAGAAGGGUUUUCGAACGCCGCAGUGGAACCGGCCGAGGAAACGAGUUCAAGCGUGAAGGUGCAGGUCGUGGCAACUGGGGAACCGCCACCGAUGAGGUCGCACCUGAGACUGAAGAACCUGUAACUGAAACUGAAAAGAUUGUGGAUUCUGAGAAACAAGAAAAUGGAGCAGAUGCGAACCAAGAAAACACUGUGGAUGUGGUAGAGGAAAAGAAGCCAGAAGAGAAGGAGAUGACCCUUGAGGAAUAUGAGAAAGUUCUAGAAGAGAAGAGGAAAGCUUUGACCUCUUUGAAGACUGAGGAAAGAAAGGUUGGAUUGGACAAAGAUUUGGCAAAAAUGCAAUUGCUUUCCAACAAAAAGAAUGAAGAAGACAUCUUUGUUAAACUGGGUUCUGAGAAGGAUAAGCGAAAAGAAGCUGCUGAUAAGGAAGAAAAGGCCAAGAAGUCUGUAAGCAUUGAGGAGUUUCUGAAACCUGCUGAGGGCGAAAGGGUCAAUGGACGUGGUGGCAGGGGACGUGGUGGGCGUGGGGGGUUUAGAGGAGGCUUUGUAGGUGGGGCCCGGAUGAACAAUGUGGUUGCACCAUCGAUUGAGGAUGUGGCUCAAUUUCCAUCUUUGAGUGUCAAGUGAGUUGAGAGUUAUUAUUUACUUUCAUGUUUUUAUUAUUAGGGUUUUUGAUUAGUGGUAAUCUUUGAUGUUUUGUGGUAUUUAAGACUUGUUUUAAGGAUAUUAUAUUAUGGUGUUUUUGUAAGAGUGUAAAUCUUGAAGAUAACCUUUGUAUGGCUGCUACAUGCCCUUGGGUUUUCUUUCAGUUAUGACUCAUCAACCAUUUUAAUUUAUAGUCAAUGGUGUCUUUUUUGGUA